AUGGCUAAUGAAGAAUAUGUAACGGAUUCAAGUUCCGAUUUCACAGAAUAUUGGAUAGAUUCAUUUUUAGGAAUAAAAGGAAAUGAAUAUUUUUGUGAUAUUGAUGAUGAAUAUAUAAGAGAUAGAUUUAAUUUAACAGGUUUAAAUCAAGAAGUUUCAAAAUUACCAACUCUUAUAGAUUUAAUAACGGAUGUUAUAGAUAUUGAUUCACAACCAGAAGAACAUAGAGAUGCUUUAGAACAUAAUGCAAGAAUCUUGUAUGGUUUAAUACAUGCAAGAUAUAUUUUAACAACAAGAGGUUUAAACAAGAUGUUUGAAAAAUUUAGAAAUGGAGAUUUUGGUUAUUGUCCAAGAGUACAUUGUCAAUUAAAUCCUUUAUUACCUAUAGGUCUUAAUGAUCAACCAAGAAUGGCAAGUGUUAAAUUAUAUUGUUCAAAAUGUGAAGAUUUAUAUAACCCCAAAUCUGGUAGACAUUCAGUUAUAGAUGGUGCAUAUUUUGGUACAUCAUUUCCAGCUAUGUUUUUUCAAAAUUUUCCCAAUAUGAUACCUAUACAUUCAAAAGAUACUUAUAUACCAAGAGUUUUUGGGUUUAAAUUGCAUGAAUAUUCGAAAUUAAAUAGAUGGAGAGAACUACAAAGAUUAAAACUAGAACGAAGAUUGAUAAAGAAUGGUAUACAAAUAAAUAAUGUUGUUGGAGGAUUUGUGAUGGAUACGAAUAAUGGUGGUAGUACGAAUAAUAAUAAUAAUAAUAAUACAGAUAAUGUAAUUCUCACAAUGAAAAUUGUUUCAAGACAUAUACGGCAUGCUCAGUGCACCAUUAACAAAUUCUCAACUACAACUAAACCAUCGUCAACAAUCCAAGAAUUAAGCCAAUAUGAAAGUCUACCUUCCAAUUCAAGAGUUUUCUCAAUGAUACAACCAACUGGUAAAUUACAUAUUGGGAAUUAUCUUGGAGCGGUUAAAAGUUGGAGAAGCUUAUCAGAAGCUAAUCAAGAUAGCAAAUUCAUAUUUGGUGUCGCAGAUUUACAUGCAUUUACUAGUUUUAAACCAGCAAAAGAAUUAAAAAAUUGUAGAUAUCAAGCAAUUGCAAGUUUAUUAUCAAGUGGAUUAGAUACCAAUAAAUGUUUAUUAUAUUUUCAAUCUUCAGUUCCAGAACAUACUGAAUUAAAUUGGUAUCUUACAUGUUUUACAAGUAUGGGACAAUUAAAUAGAAUGACUCAAUGGAAAUCAAAAUCUCAACAACAAGCUCAAAGUUCAAUAGUUGAUGAAAAAGUUAUGGAACAAACUAAAGCUGGUGUAUUUUGUUAUCCUGCUUUACAAGCUGCUGAUAUUUUAUUAUAUAAAUCUACACAUGUUCCUGUAGGUGAUGAUCAAAGUCAACAUUUAGAAUUAACAAGAAAUAUAGCUAAAUUAUUUAAUAAUUCUUAUAAUAUUGAUUAUUUCCCCAUACCAAAUACAUUAUUUACACCAGCUAAAAAGAUUUUAAGUUUAAAAAAUCCAGAAAAGAAAAUGUCAAAAUCAGAUCCUAUUCAAAAUUCAUGUAUAUAUGUAACUGAUACUCCAGAAGAAAUAAAAUUAAAAAUAAGAAAAGCAACAACUGAUUCAAUACAAGGUCAAUGGGAAUUUGAUCCAAUAAAAAGACCAGGUACUUCAAACUUAAUCAAUAUAAUAUCUGGUCUAACUAAUAAAUCAAUUGAAAAUACUUUAAAAGAUAUAAAUCAUUUAAAAGAUCAUAAAAAUUUAAAAGAUUAUGUUUCUGAUUUAUUAAUUGAAGAAUUUAAUGAUAAAAGACAAUUAUAUGAUGAAUUAUUAAAUAAUAAGGAUUAUUUAGAUGAAAUUAGUGAAAAAGGUAAGAUUGAAGCUAGAGAAAUUGCUUCAAAAAAUAUAAAAGAAAUUAGAAAUAUUAUAGGUAUGGAUUAA